CUGCUGCCGUUGGACUGCGCCACAAAGAUGAGCAACAAGUGUAUUCGACGUGAUUGUUUUUGUUCGUCUUUUCGUUUUUGUUGAUGAAUUUGACAGAAGAUUCGUUUCGAAUACGACAGUUUUGUUGUUGUGGUUAUGCUCGUCAGCCGCAUUAUUUGCGUAGGGUUUCGUCCACUAGUGUAGACUUGGGCAACUCUUUUGCGACUCCCAACUUUUUUUUUUUUUUUUUUUCUUGGGUGAGGAAGCCUCCAAAAAGUCGAAAAGGUUCGUUCGUCGUCAUCCCGACAGCAGAAGCAGAUUUGCUCCGGUUUUCGCAAAGUUGGUGUCGGGCAACAGAGGUGAGAGUGUUGAUGAGGACAAGGCUUGAGAUCCCUUUGUCAUCCGGAUUGAGUUAGAAUCAAAAUCUGAAUAAAAGCUUUUAAAAGAUGUAUUAUUAUCGCUAUGACAACGCCGAGGUCAGCUGCUGCUUCAAAUACCUCAUGUUCACUUACAACAUCAUCUUCUGGUUGGCCGGCGUGGUCUUCAUUGCAGUGGGUUUUUGGGCGUGGAGCGAAAAGGGGGUCCUGCUGGACCUGACGCAGGUGACCCGUCUCCACGGUUUGGACCCGGUUUGGUUGGUGCUGCUGGUGGGGGUCGUCACUUUCAUCCUGGGAUUUGCGGGGUGUGUGGGAGCGCUCCGAGAAAACAUCUGCCUGCUGAAGUUUUUUUCCGGUGUGAUUGGCGUGAUCUUCUUCGUGGAACUGGCGGUCGCCGUGCUGGCUGUGGUUUUCCAGAGUCAGGUGCGAGAUUGGAUCAACGGCUUCUUUCUGGCAAACAUCAAAGCGUACAGAGACGACAUUGACCUGCAGAACCUGAUCGACUCAAUCCAAAGCACGAAUCACUGCUGCGGCGCGCAAGAACCCGACGACUGGGACGUCAACGUUUACUUCAGCUGUAAAGGAACACAUCAAAGCAGAGAGAAGUGCGGAGUUCCGUUCUCCUGCUGCAUCGCCGACCCUGCCGACUCAGUGCUGAACACUCAGUGUGGCUACGAUGUGAGAAACAAACGCAAGGCCGAGUGGUCGGAUCACAUUUACGUGAAAGGUUGCAUUGCAGCCCUGGAGGACUGGUUACCUGCAAAUCUUUACAUCUUGGCUACUGUCUUUGUGGUCAUCUCUCUGCUGCAGGUGGUGGGCAUCUACCUCGCCAGGUCGCUCAUCUCGGACAUUCAGAAAGUCCGAUUGUCUUACUGAACCCGUCCACGGGGCACUGCCGCCUUUUCUUCUCUGCGUGCUUGACGACGAAGGAGAAGGAAAUUGCUUCAGCUCUAUAGCGCCCCCUCUUUGCUGACAGUUGAGCUGCAGCUUUUUAUGCCUGUUUUCUAUGUUCAGGCUUUUACUCGUGUGUGUGUGUGUGUGUGUGUGUGUGUGUGUGACAGCAGCACUCAAAUUAAGUUGCAGAUCUUCAAAGAUGGACUGUUGUUGCCUCGACACUGGAUUCCUGAAGCGCUGACUAAAUGUGACUGUUACAUGUAUUACAUUUUUUUAUACACGCA